AUGGAACCAACAUUAUGUUUUCGUUUAUGUGAUACACCCGUAAUUUAUUUACAAAGCUCAGUAUGCCGUUGUUCAGGUGGUGGUCUUAUGCAUUAUAAACGACAAAAUGAUGAACUUUGUAAAACAUCAUGUACAAAACCAGUUGAUCGUGCAAUUAAAACAGUUAAUACAUGUGGUGGUGCAUUAACAUAUUCAGCUUAUGUUCAAAAUAAAUAUUUUAUUCAACAUGGACAUUUAUUUGAUUAUCAAAUUCAUUUUGCAUCAUGUGAAUCAUGGCUAAAUUCUGAUGUUUAUGAAAAAUCUGAAGUUCAAUUAAAUAAUAAUAUUGGACGAUCAUCUUUAAAUAAAUUAGAAAAAUGUGCAGCUGCAUGUUUAGAUACAAAUGCAACAACGAAAUCAAUAGAAUAUGUUGAAUUACCAUCGACUGAUGCAGUAACUGAUCUUUCAUCAUCAAUAACAACAACAAUAGUAAUUAAUACAGAAACAGUUUCAUUGGUGAAUACUACUGACGAUGGAAGAUCUGAAAUAGAGUCUUCAGCUGACAUGAAAUCAGUUGGAAGAGAUUUUGCUCCAAUGUUUAUAAUUUUAACUAUUCUAUUUAUUCUUAUACUUCUUGGUCUUAUAAGUACAAUAUACAAUCAACGUGAUUUAUUAUUUCGUCGUUCUCAUCGACGUAAUACAGACUCUAUUUAUUCUCAAUUAACUUCUGCAAAUGAAUUUGAUUUAAAUUGA